ACACACAAACAAAAACAAGAAGAUAAAGAUGGGUUUCAUUGGUAAGAGUGUUUUGCUAACUCUCAUAGCACUUUGCUGCUUCAUUUCCUCUGUUUUCAGUACUGCAGCUCCACCUCCAAUGAAACUAAUAUCACCAUUGCCCACUCUCCCACCGACCAAAGCUCCUAUCAAGAUACCAACUAUCCCACCAGCCAAAGCUCCGAUCAAGCUACCAACUAUCCCACCAGCUAAAGCUCCAAUCAAGCUACCAACACUCCCACCAACCAAAGCUCCGAUCAAGCCUCCGGUUCUCCCACCGGUUUCUCCUCCUAAGUUCAUCAGGACACUAGUGGCUGUGCGAGGUGUGGUUUUCUGCAAAGCCUGCAAGUACGCCGGCGUAAACAAUCUCCAAGGCGCCAAACCCGUUAAAGGUGCGGUGGUGAGACUUUUGUGCAAAAACAAGAAGAACGCGACAUCGGAGGCAACCACGGACAAGAAUGGAUACUUCCUACUAUAUGCCCCUAAAACCGUGAGCAACUACGCCAUCAAAACUUGCCGAGCUUACCUAGUUAAGUCACCUGACGCUAAAUGCAGCAAAGUGUCAACGCUCCACGGUGGAAACAUGGGCGCCUAUCUAAAGCCGGUGGUGAAACCAGAAAAUGCAACGAUCAUCUUCAACAAGCUUAAGUACGGUCUUUUCAACGUUGGUCCAUUUGCAUUCGAGCCUAUCUGCCCCAAAUGAGAUGGUUUUAUUCAAUAAUAGCUAGUGAAACUUUGAUUAUGGGUUAUUGAACACAGUUUAAUAAUGAUUGUGUUGAAUGUAUCAGCUUGGGUUUCUUUAUAUGGGCUUUUAAUUAAUGUAUUUCUAAUUAUCUAUUGAAUAAAAACGUUAGCGUUUAC